AUGACAAGCGAUAGUUCACUUAAUUUUGAUACUGAUCAACUAGAACAAUCAAUAAAAAUCAAUGUAGAAUCUCAUAUCGUAUUAAAUUUAUUAGUAUGUGCGAAACAAUUAAAUGAGCUUAUCUUGAAUGGUGAACGUUUUUCAAAAGAAUAUUUUAAAGAUAUUGAAAAAUAUAUGUCAAAUGUUCAAUCAAAUAAAUUAACCAAUGAAUUGAUUAAAUUAACUGAACAAUAUCUUGAAAAAUAUUUACUAUCAUCUGUUAUGCUACGCUGUUAUAUUCAAAUACAUGCGCCAUCAUCUCACUCAAGCAAUAAUCAAGGUGUUAAUAUACAAAUGCAAAUAUUAAAAAGAACUUACAGAAAUGGAAACAAUUAUUGGAAAUCAUGA